AUUUAAAGUAUUAAUAUGCGAAAAAAAUAAAAAAAAAUUCAGGGGUUUGGGUCUGAUUGAUUUGCGAAAAAAAUUCAGCUGCCGUUUCAGGAUUAACUUUUCUGUUUGUCGCAUUGUUAUGAAGGUUUGUGUUCCUAAAUGUUUACAUUCUUUGUUUGUGCUUGGUGUGUUAUUGAGGUUGUUUGAUGGUAAAUACAAGUGUUUUGAUUAUGUCGAGUGUUUGAUCAUGUCGUGCAUGUUCAGUUUGAUGUAAAUACAUCGGUUUAAAUACAUCUUUUGGAAUAACUGUUAUAGAUCAUCACUUGCCUCUCAGACACUAUUCUCUUCACUUAGUUCAUCUCGAAAUCAGACUUAAUUAGAGGCAGUUGGUUAAUUAGAGGCAGAUGGAUGGAUGGAUGGAUGGAUGGAUGGACGGACGAACGGACGGACGGACGUACGGACGGACGGACGGACGGACAUUGGGAAAUCUAAAAGCCGGUUUAUAUGUAAUUGGCAUAAAUGUGAUACUUGUAAAAGAGCUUCAGAUUUCCAAUGCUAUUGCUGUCCAAAGAGUGUUUGCGGACGUUGUAUGAAAUCUGCCGAUUUUAUUCAUGUUAAAGGGAAGAAAGGAUUCUGUGAUCAAAGCUUGAAGCUUACACUACUUGUGGUAGAAAAGAAAGAUGUUGAUUCUGAUGGGGAAACUGUAGACUUUAACAAUCGGAACACGUACGAGACUCUAUAUAAGGAAUAUUGGGAGAUUAUUAAUGACGCUGAAAAGUUGACUCUUGAAGAACUAUUAUCCGCCAAAACAAAACUGAAAUCUGGAAAAAAUUACGAUUCAGACCAAAAUGACGAAAGUGAUGAGUACCAAUGUUCGGAUUCUGAAGAAAACGAAGAAAAGAAACCACAUAGUUCCGAAAAGAAAUUGAAAAGAGCAAAGCCUGAACCGUUAGGGAAAAAAGUCAAAACAAUAGUCAAAAAGGAAGUCAAAGUCAAACAAGGAAGAGUUCAUGGGAUGGGGAUCAACGCGUGUCAUUGAAUUUCUUACCUAGAUAGGAAAAGAUACAUCUAUUGCAUUAUCUCAACGUGAGCUAGAAAACAUCGUUAAAAGGUACAGCUAGGAAAUGAAUCUAAUCCAAAAGAACAAGAUAGUCGAGUGUGACGAAUGGUUACGGAUGAUGACUUCUCUGAGGAAGAAUGUCAAGAUUUAAAAAAGAAAGUGAAAUCCGGAAUGCUUCAAAAGCUUGAGUUGGUAAGC